ACAACAGAUUACAACGUGUACAUAGAAAAACAAAUUAUAGAAAAAAUUUUAAACAUUUUCUUAGAUUUUGAGAAAAAUAACCUUAUAUCAAGCAAUAUUAAUAAAUAUUCUUGAAAUUUAUUUGAUGUAAAGUGUUUAGCUGAAGAAAAGUCUUCUAUCUCAGGAAGAAUUUCUCAGGAAUCUUCGAGAUUUUUCAGAAGAAAUAAAAAAUGGAAGAAGAUAAUUUUCGAAAUUCUAUUUUACCAUCAAGCUUGAAAGAAAGUGAUGAAAGCUGCGAUUCAGAAUCAUCAGCAGAUAGUUCCACAACUGAAAAAUGUCCAAUAUGUUUGCUUGCUUUCCAAAUCGGUCGUGAAAUUGGAAAACCUUCAGUAUGCGACCACACAUUUUGUUUUCCGUGUAUCCAAGAAUGGGCGAAAGUUGUACAAACAUGUCCAAUUGAUAGAAAAGAGUUUCAAGAAAUAAAUGUCUAUGGAAAUCUAGAUUGCAAUCAUUUAUUGAGAGUUGUGGAACUUAAAGAGAAAUUAAUAUUGAAUGAUUUUAUUUCGGCUGAAGAAUUUACAGCUUGCGAACUUUGCUUGCUUACCAAUAGAGAAGAUUGCAUGUUGCUAUGCGAUGGAUGCGAUAAAGGUUUUCACAUGGAUUGUUUGGAUCCACCACUUCUUGAGAUUCCGCUGGGCAAUUGGUAUUGCAAUGAAUGCUUUGAAACAAUCGACGAGUCCAGUGAUGACGAUGACGAAGAAGAAGAACAAGAUGAUAAUGAAAUUCAAGAAUCCCAAACAAGAACGCGACAGAAUCAACCGCAAAUCUUAAGAACAUCACAAAGUGAAAGAAUAAGAAACGCGAUUCUUGCUCGCAUGUCGUUACGAUCAACACGAGAAGCAUUCGGUGAAGGACCAUCAACAGCUCCACCAGCAAGAGUUGUGAAGAAAAGAACUUCAAGGAGAAGACGAAGAAGAGCAACACGAAGAGUCGUCACUGAAUAUGAUGUUGAUGGAAGUGAUAAAUUUGCAAUGAGAACGAGAGCAGUCAAACGAAGAAAGACGAAAAGGAAGAGAAAAAAGAAGACUGUAAAAACAUCAAAAAGAAAUUCAUCAAAAGCCUCUGCUUCGUGUACAUCGAGUGCAAUGAAUGCAAAUCCAAAUGUUCAUAAACUUCAAGUUGAUCGUUUAAAAGCUGGUUUGUGUAACUUUAACAUUUUCCAACCAGCUAAUCAACUCGAUUAUGUUCUUGAUGAAGAUAACAUCGAUGACAGUGGAAUUGAUGAGUUCGCUGACAGUUCAUCUGGAAAUAUUUUGACGCAAGGAAUCAUCAGCUUAAAUAAUCCACAACGAAGAAGUUUAAGUAUCAAAAAUCGCGUUCUUUCCAAUUGCGCAACAACAUCCGUCAGUAGUAAUUUACUCGAUUCAAUUCUUCAAGAUCAAGACAUCUUUUGUUCUGGAAGUAUUCGAGAUAGAUUUACAGUGGAUAAGUCGAGUGGAAAGUUGGUAUUUGUAGGAGAGAAAGCAAAGCAAAGUGCUUCAGGUGUUGAAGGCAACAAUUCAGGAAGUUCUGGUGAUCAGAAACAAAAUAAAGUUGAAAACACUUCAAAUGAAGUUCAACAACAUCAACAAGGAUUUAUUCAAAGUGAAGAAGUGUUUGAAAGUGACAGAAAUUCCGGCAGUUUUGAUGAUCAUUCAAGAGAAAAUACUUCAAAUAGAAUAAUCGACCAAGUCGUUGUUGACAAGAAAAAGAAAAAAGUGAAGAAACUUACAAUUGAUAUGUUUGAUGAGAAUUCUGAAUCAGAAACUGUUGAUGAAUUUCCAAACUUUGAACUCUUCCAAUCAAUCGAUGAAAUGAUGAAUCAAAAGACUUCUGAAAGUGCUCAAACAUGUCCAACUGUUUAUACAGAAGAAAACGUUGACUUGGUUCAAAUGAGUGACAGUGAACCACAAAAUGAAUCAUCUGAAGAAGUAAAUCCACCAGCAAUUGUUGCCAGUCAACCAGCAAGUCCCGAUUUAGAACCUGAAAUUGAGAAAGUUCAAGAAAUGAUAACAGAAAGAAGCUACACGCCACCAAUUACAGCCACGAAAACUUCAGAAGAUGAUGAGAGAGAAAAAGAAAAAAAGAAUUCAAAAAGUAAUCGAAAACGAGAACUUGAACGCUACAAUGUUCGUGACAGACUUAAAGAUCGACCACCAAAAUCAGUAAGAGAUAAAUACGGAAGAAAUCGCUCACGAUCGAGAAGUUCAUCAAAAAAGCGACGUUCGAGUCGCAGAAGAAGUCGAAGCAUAUCAAGAGAUCGUUACCGUAAGUCGCGUUCAAGAGAUCGAACUAAUUACAGACGAUCACGAUCUUACAGUCGAAGUCGUUCAAGACGUCGAACACCAAGCAACGAGUAUGGAAGAAAACGAACAUCGAAAAGUUACAAAGAAAAAGGAAGAAAGUCAAGAAGAAGUCGUUCACGAUCAUUAAGCCAAGUAAGUCAUCAUCAAUCAACAACUCCAUCGAAAAGCAGCAAAUCAAAGAAGAAGAAACAUCGCGAGUUGAGCAAAGAACGUCAACAACAAUCGACACUUACAAAAGAAGUUUUCACAUCCGGUCCAAAUAUUCUCGUCAGCUUGAAUUUCAACAACGAUGACAAGCAAUCGUCAACGAAGAAAUCAAAACCUUAUGAUAAAGAUGAACAAUUGAAGGAUGUUGUUGAUAUAACAGCGAAGAAGAAAAUCACUGUAAGCUCAAAACCAGUGGCAAUUAUUGAUCUUGCACGUUCACCUUUCAGGGAACUAACGCCAGAAUAUAAAAGUAAUGUCAUUGAAUUAAGUGACAGUGAUGGAGAGAAAAGUCCUGAAAAGCGUUCAUUAAAGUCACCUGACUCAUCAUCAAAGCUUUAUGAUCCUUUUGAUGCCUUGAAUUCGCCAACAAAUGAGAAUGUCACAAGUUCUCAAACAUUGACAAAUACUUUAGUGAUGCAAAAACCUUUAGAGAAGUUGUCUGACGUUUUUGAGAUAAGCAACAGGAAUGUUACAACAUUAGUUGGAACAAGCACAAGUAACAAUCUUCACUUUAAUGAAGAGAAUUUAGUUUCGUCAAGUUCAUCAGCUCAACAGCAGCCUUUGACUGGUCACAGUCAUUUAAAUGAAAAGAAAAUAAGUCAUUCAGUCUCAAUGGACAUUGCUGACUCACCUUAUUCGCCAGGACAUGAAUAUGAUGACUCGUUUGAUCAUAAUGACGAUGGAAUUCAAACGAAAGCAACAAAUAAUGUUCCAAAUAUUUUCGAUGAAUUAUUUGGAACGGCAUCACCGCCAGGUUUAGAAAAAGCGAAAAGUGGCACUUCGAAAGGAGAUAAAAGUGAUGACCAUUCGAACAAAUAUUUGAUGAAGUUGAAGCGACAAGAGCGCGUUAUUGAAGAAGUGAAGUUGGUGAUAAAACCUUACUAUUCAAAACGGACAAUCAGCAAAGAGCAAUAUAAAGAAAUUCUAAGAAAAGCUGUACCUAAAAUUUGCCACAGUCGCGAAAUCAACCCACAAAAAAUAAAAGUUUUGAUCGAUUCUUAUGUUAAGAUUUUUAAAUAUCGGAAGAAGAAAUCAGCGCCGGAAGAAGCAUUUUAAUUAUGUCGAUUGUCUUUCAAGUCUUUCCCAUAAACGUUUUUGUUUUAAUUAAAUUAGAUAUUUGUGAAAUUUGAAUGAAAAAUAAACUUCCUUGACAAUGAAUCAGAGCUUUUGUUCCGCUGACCGUAUUGUUCCUCUUUUGUUUCGUUUUCUGUUCCAGGAACAUGUCCCUUUCAACUUUCCGGAACAGAUUUGUGUUCCCGAUCUGUUCCGUUUAUCUGUUCCAGAGCAU